CUCGAGGAGGAUGGCAAGGGGAAGCCUGAGAGGAAGAAGUUCACCACAGAGGAUGACGCUGCACUUCUCAGGUGGAUCCGGCAGAACCCUACGCUCAGAACGCAGGGACGGGAGUUGUGGGAACGUGCCCAGCAGGCGAAAAUCACAAAGCAUUCCUGGCAAUCGAUGCAAAACCAUUUCCGCAGGAAACUCUGCGAUCAGAAAGCCAGGGACAAGCCUGGAGCUCUGGCGGUGGCGCUUGAGCGAGAAGCAGCUGCAAAACCCGUCCAAGAAAAGGAUGAGGAUGGCAAGGAUGCCAAGCCGGAAAGGAAGAGACCCAGACCUGCUCCUCCUAAACCCAGCUUCGCAGGCUGGCCAAAAAAUGAGCUUGCAGAAGCGCCUGCCUGGCUGCGGGCAACGCAGAAAGCCCGUGGACCUCCUCCUGACCUUUCCGAUCUCUGA